AUGCAGCAUACACCGUUCACUGGAGCUCCAACUACCACAGGUGCGCUGAAAGCUUCUUCCAUUGGAACGGGCAUCUCUCGCGGAGGCGUUGCAGCCGCGGCAACAGCAUAUCCCGGUGAUGGAAAUCUUCACCAUUCCGAACCAGCUCCAUAUGUCCCGGCAGGUGGGGUCGAAACGAACGGAAGCACCCCCGUAUAUAAUGCGAAGAGCGAUUUUGACUAUGAGUCUUUGGCCCUUGCUCUAUACCAGGAAUGGAUUGAGCUUGAUCUGUUCCAAGACGGACUGAAGCGCUUCAACGAUUCAGCCUUCCGAGCCGCCGGCAUGACCGCUUCAGACCGUGAGCUGAUCGCAUUCAUGGCACAGCAAGAAAUUGGCCACGCCACCAUGCUCAGCAAUAUCCUCGGAGCACGUGCCCCACAGCAAUGCAACUACAUCUACCCGUACACGAACGUCAAGGAGUUUGUCGACUUCUGUCAGAAACUGACUCGCUGGGGAGAAGCUGGCGUGAAUGGAUUUUUGGCUCAUCUCGACUCGCGCGAGGCGGCUACUCUUUUGACUCAGUCCAUCACCACGGAAGCACGACAGCAAAUGAUCUUCCGCCAGUUUGAAGGUCUCUUCCCGAUGGUCGAGUGGUUUGAAGUAGGCAUACCGCAGUCCUGGGCUUGGACACUGCUGGCACCUUUCAUCAGCUCUUGUCCUGAAAACCAGACUCGCUUGAUUUGGCAAAAUUUCCCGACGCUGAUGGUAGUCAACCAGCCCGAUCCGUGGAUUUCGGGAACUCCUCGCAAUCUUUCCUUGGCGCAUAACCGAAACAAUGGGUACAGUUCUGCAGGGUAUGAUUCCACCGGAUAUGAUCCUGCUGCGUACAAUUCCCAUGGGUACAAUCAUACGCAGUAUAAUUUUACCACAAGUGCGGAUCAAAUUUCGAGGCUCAACGCAACUUCCGGGUUCAAUCAGACUGCGGGAUUUAUCUUCAAUGAGACCACUGGAAUCAAUAAUACUGUCGGGCCAGGCGUCAGUGUCCCCAAGUCACCUAAAGGCUCCGGAAGACUGAACUCGUCUAGUUCACGUAACGGCUGCAGCGCUUCUGUUAGUAAAAUCCGCCUAAUACCUCUCACGGCCCCUGGUCGUCAGGUGCUGUUGCAGUGGGAUCUUCCUGGGAAGAAAAUCGGUCCCAACAACAGCUACAUCACCACAACAGAGACAAAAGCUGGUAGUGCAAAGUAUGUACUUUGGGUGUCGCAACUGAACAUUACCUACACACCACUACACGUUGUCAGCGGCGACAACGGUGCCAAUGGUGUCAAUGACGUCAACAACAGCACUAAUAGUACCACUGACAGCAUUCGAGGAUAUACUUCCCAGCCCAGCUUGGAAACAUACCAAGGCAACCCAGCCUUCAAUGGUACCAUUUUUAUUGCAAUCACAGACAGCGAUCUAUAUGUCAGCCCGUUCAAUCUGAGCUUGAUGAACCCGCAUGUGGUUGCCGGUCCCGCUUUGUACCAGGCUGGUUGA